AUGACCAUCGACACGCCGCCAAGGGCCGCGCGCAGCACCAUCGCAAGCGGCUCCAGCCAUCAGAAGCGACACGCCGCCGGCACUCCCAAUGCAGACCGCAGCACGCCCGCGUCCGUAAAGAGGUCGCUCAAGCUCUCCACCCCGCGCCGCACUCCCUCCCAGGCGGACCGCUUCAUCCCCAACCGCGGCGCCAUGGACCUGGACAUGGCUCGCUUCAACAUGGCGCGUGACGUCACCACCAGCAGCGGCGCCAGGGAGAACGGCGCGUCGCACGAAGUCACCUCGCCCAACGCGGCGCAGUACCGGAAGCAGCUGGCGGAGAAUCUCCUCCGCGACAGCCCUUCCGCCAACACCACCCCCUGCGCCCGCCCCCGCGGCGCCAAGAUCCUCUCCUUCAAGCCCGCGGGCUCUCCUUCCUCCGACUCCUCCGACUUCCCCGCCCGCGGGGCGCUCUUCUCCCCCGCCGCUUCCGCCAGCGCGAGCUGCGGGAAGCGCAAGGCGUUCCGGUACGUGCCGCAGGCGGCGGAGCGCAUUCUGGACGCGCCGGAGCUGGUGGACGACUACUACCUCAACCUGCUCGACUGGAGCUCCUCCAACGUCGUCGCACUCGCGCUCGGCGCGUCUGUUUACCUCUGGGACGCCGCCACCGGCGCCAUUGAAGAGCUUCUGCACGUGGGCGGCGAGGGCGCGGACGAGGGCGCGGGCAGCGCGGAGUACGUGAGCAGCGUGGCGUGGGCGGCGGACGGGAAGCACCUGGCGGUGGGGCUGAGCUCCGCGGAGGUGCAGGUGUGGGACAGCCAGCGCCUCAAGCAGGUGCGCGCGCUCAAGGGCCACGCGGGGCGCGUCGGCGCCAUGGACUGGAACGGCGCGACGCUCUCGACGGGCGGGCGCGACGGCGCGAUCCUCAACCACGACGUGCGCAUGCGGCACCACGUGACGUCGCGCCUCGCAGGGCACGAGCUGGAGGUGUGCGGCCUCAAGUGGUCGCCGUCUGGCCGCCAGCUGGCGAGCGGCGGAAACGACAACCUGCUGCACAUCUGGGACGCCUCCGCCAUGGCCUCCGCCUCCGCCGCCUCCGCCUUCUCCGCGUCGUCCGGGUCCUCCGCUCGCCUGGCCAACGGCAACGCGCCGUGGCUGCACCGCCUGGACCUCCACCAGGCCGCCGUGAAGGCGCUCGCGUGGUGCCCCUUCCAAGCCAACCUCCUCGCCUCGGGCGGAGGCUCGGCGGACCGAACCAUCAAGUUCUGGAACACCCAGACGGGCGCGUGCGUGCGCAGCGUGGACACGGAAUCACAGGUAUGCGCGCUGCAGUGGUCGCAGCACGACAAGGAGCUGCUGUCGUCGCAUGGGUACAGCCGCAACCAGCUGUGCCUGUGGCACUACCCCACCAUGGGCAAGCUCGCUGAGCUCUCCGGCCACUCCGCGCGCGUGCUGCACCUUGCGCAGAGCCCUGACGGCGCCACCGUCGCCUCCGCUGCCGCGGACGAGACGCUGCGCUUCUGGAAGGCAUUCGGCGGCCCCAAGGGCGAGCAGGCCGGCAAGGCGGGCAGCAGGGCUGGCAGUGGGAGUGGCAGCCUUGAGCGUGGGUUCAGCAGCCGCAGCAUGAGCCUCAGGUAA